GAGUUCUGCCCCGGGAUCCUUCCGCAGGGCUCAGCCGUUUCCGGAGUCUGCGCUGCUCCCGGUUCCGCCAUUGCGGCUCUCCCGGCCCCUGGAGCCUCCGCCCCCGACCCAAGCUCUCUCGUCUGCCUGCCAGUUCCCUGCGUCCCCGGAGAGUAUCCCUCUGAGCUCAGCCUCCCCCCCCCUUCCCCUUCUCCUCCUCUCCCUUGGAGAGCCCGGGCAGGCACUGCCCUGCAGCCCCAGUGACAGGAGGAGACCAUACUCCCCGACAGCGCCAUGGCCCAGAUUCUGCCAAUUCGCUUUCAGGAGCAUCUCCAGCUCCAGAACCUGGGUAUCAACCCAGCAAACAUUGGCUUCAGUACCCUGACUAUGGAGUCAGACAAAUUCAUCUGUAUUAGAGAAAAAGUGGGUGAGCAGGCUCAGGUGGUGAUCAUUGAUAUGAAUGAUCCGAGUAAUCCAAUUCGAAGACCAAUCUCAGCAGACAGUGCCAUCAUGAAUCCUGCCAGCAAAGUGAUUGCACUGAAAGCUGGAAAAACUCUUCAGAUAUUUAACAUUGAAAUGAAAAGUAAAAUGAAGGCCCAUACCAUGACUGACGAUGUCACUUUCUGGAAGUGGAUCUCUUUGAAUACAGUUGCCCUUGUUACGGAUAAUGCAGUUUAUCACUGGAGUAUGGAGGGAGAGUCUCAGCCCGUGAAAAUGUUUGAUCGUCAUUCCAGCCUCGCAGGAUGCCAAAUUAUCAAUUACCGUACAGAUGCAAAGCAGAAGUGGUUGCUUCUGACUGGCAUAUCUGCACAGCAAAAUCGUGUGGUUGGAGCUAUGCAACUGUAUUCUGUAGAUAGGAAAGUUUCUCAACCUAUUGAAGGACAUGCAGCUAGUUUUGCACAAUUUAAGAUGGAAGGAAAUGCAGAAGAAUCAACAUUAUUUUGUUUUGCUGUGCGAGGUCAGGCAGGAGGAAAGUUACAUAUCAUUGAAGUUGGUACACCACCCACAGGAAACCAACCCUUUCCAAAGAAGGCAGUGGAUGUUUUCUUUCCUCCAGAAGCACAAAAUGACUUUCCUGUUGCAAUGCAGAUCAGUGAAAAGCAUGAUGUAGUGUUCUUGAUUACCAAGUAUGGUUACAUUCACCUCUAUGAUCUUGAGACCGGCACAUGCAUCUACAUGAACAGAAUCAGUGGAGAAACGAUCUUCGUUACUGCACCUCAUGAAGCCACAGCUGGAAUAAUAGGUGUCAACCGAAAGGGACAAGUCCUGUCAGUUUGUGUGGAAGAAGAGAACAUAAUUCCUUACAUCACCAAUGUCCUACAAAAUCCUGAUUUGGCUCUGAGAAUGGCUGUGCGGAACAACUUAGCUGGUGCUGAAGAACUCUUUGCCCGGAAAUUUAAUGCUCUUUUUGCCCAGGGAAACUACUCAGAGGCUGCAAAGGUGGCUGCUAAUGCACCGAAGGGAAUCCUUCGUACUCCAGAUACCAUCCGUCGAUUCCAGAGUGUCCCAGCUCAGCCAGGUCAAACGUCGCCUUUACUUCAGUAUUUUGGAAUCCUUUUGGACCAGGGCCAGCUGAACAAGUAUGAGUCCUUAGAGUUAUGUAGACCUGUACUUCAGCAAGGGCGGAAACAGCUUUUGGAGAAAUGGCUGAAAGAAGAUAAGCUGGAAUGUUCUGAAGAACUGGGUGAUCUCGUAAAAUCUGUGGACCCAACAUUAGCACUGAGUGUGUACCUCAGGGCCAAUGUCCCUAAUAAAGUCAUCCAGUGCUUUGCAGAGACAGGUCAAGUCCAGAAGAUUGUUUUAUAUGCUAAAAAAGUUGGAUACACGCCAGACUGGAUCUUUCUCCUAAGGAAUGUCAUGCGGAUCAGCCCAGACCAAGGACAGCAGUUUGCUCAAAUGUUAGUUCAGGAUGAAGAGCCUCUUGCUGAUAUCACACAGAUUGUGGAUGUCUUUAUGGAAUACAAUCUAAUCCAACAAUGUACUGCCUUCUUACUUGAUGCUUUGAAGAAUAAUCGCCCCUCUGAAGGUCCCUUGCAGACGCGAUUGCUUGAGAUGAAUCUUAUGCACGCACCUCAAGUUGCAGAUGCCAUUCUCGGGAAUCAGAUGUUUACCCACUAUGACCGGGCUCAUAUCGCUCAGCUGUGUGAGAAGGCAGGCCUGCUGCAGCGUGCGUUAGAACACUUCACUGAUUUAUAUGAUAUAAAACGUGCAGUUGUUCAUACCCAUCUUCUUAACCCUGAGUGGUUAGUGAAUUACUUUGGGUCCCUAUCAGUUGAAGAUUCCCUAGAAUGUCUCAGAGCCAUGCUGUCUGCUAAUAUUCGUCAAAAUCUACAGAUCUGUGUUCAAGUGGCUUCUAAAUAUCACGAACAGCUGUCAACUCAGUCUCUGAUUGAACUCUUUGAAUCAUUCAAGAGUUUUGAAGGUCUCUUUUAUUUUCUGGGGUCCAUUGUUAACUUUAGUCAGGACCCAGAUGUGCACUUUAAAUAUAUUCAGGCGGCUUGCAAGACUGGGCAAAUCAAAGAAGUGGAAAGAAUCUGUAGAGAAAGCAACUGCUAUGAUCCCGAGCGAGUCAAGAAUUUUCUCAAGGAGGCAAAACUAACAGAUCAGUUGCCACUUAUCAUCGUCUGUGACCGGUUUGACUUUGUCCAUGACCUGGUGCUGUAUUUAUAUAGAAACAACCUCCAGAAGUAUAUAGAGAUCUAUGUCCAGAAGGUAAAUCCAAGUCGACUUCCUGUGGUUAUUGGAGGAUUGCUGGAUGUUGACUGCUCUGAAGAUGUCAUUAAAAAUUUGAUUCUUGUUGUGAGAGGUCAAUUCUCUACUGAUGAGCUUGUUGCUGAAGUUGAAAAAAGAAACAGAUUGAAGCUGCUGCUUCCUUGGCUUGAGGCUAGAAUUCAUGAGGGCUGCGAGGAGCCUGCUACUCACAAUGCAUUAGCCAAAAUAUACAUUGAUAGUAAUAACAACCCAGAGAGAUUUCUUCGUGAAAACCCCUAUUAUGACAGUCGUGUUGUUGGAAAGUACUGUGAGAAGAGAGACCCACAUCUGGCUUGUGUUGCUUAUGAACGUGGCCAGUGUGAUCUUGAACUCAUCAAUGUUUGCAAUGAGAAUUCCCUCUUCAAAAGUCUUUCUCGCUACCUGGUCCGUCGAAAGGACCCAGAAUUGUGGGGUAGUGUGCUACUGGAAAGCAAUCCAUACAGAAGACCAUUAAUUGACCAGGUUGUGCAGACAGCCUUGUCUGAAACUCAGGACCCAGAAGAAGUAUCAGUAACUGUCAAGGCUUUUAUGACAGCAGAUCUUCCUAAUGAACUCAUUGAGCUGCUGGAGAAGAUUGUCCUUGAUAACUCUGUAUUCAGUGAACACAGGAAUCUGCAAAACCUCCUCAUCCUCACUGCAAUUAAGGCCGACCGAACACGUGUUAUGGAGUAUAUUAACCGCCUGGAUAAUUAUGAUGCUCCAGAUAUUGCCAACAUUGCCAUCAGCAAUGAGCUGUUUGAAGAAGCAUUUGCUAUUUUCCGGAAGUUUGAUGUCAAUACUUCAGCAGUUCAGGUAUUGAUUGAACAUAUUGGAAACCUGGAUCGUGCAUAUGAGUUUGCUGAACGCUGCAAUGAGCCUGCAGUUUGGAGUCAACUUGCAAAAGCUCAGUUGCAGAAAGGAAUGGUGAAGGAAGCCAUUGAUUCUUAUAUCAAAGCAGAUGAUCCUUCAUCUUACAUGGAAGUUGUCCAGGCUGCCAAUACUAGUGGAAACUGGGAAGAAUUGGUGAAAUAUUUACAGAUGGCACGCAAGAAGGCUCGAGAGUCCUAUGUGGAGACAGAAUUGAUAUUUGCACUGGCUAAAACAAACCGCCUUGCAGAAUUAGAAGAGUUCAUCAAUGGGCCAAAUAACGCUCAUAUUCAGCAAGUUGGUGACCGUUGUUAUGAUGAAAAAAUGUAUGAUGCUGCUAAGUUGUUGUACAAUAAUGUUUCUAACUUUGGACGCUUGGCAUCUACCCUUGUUCACCUUGGCGAGUAUCAGGCAGCAGUUGACGGUGCUAGAAAGGCUAAUAGUACUCGAACAUGGAAAGAGGUCUGCUUUGCCUGUGUAGACGGGAAAGAGUUCCGCCUUGCUCAGAUGUGUGGACUCCAUAUUGUGGUGCACGCAGAUGAGUUAGAGGAGCUUAUCAACUACUAUCAGGAUCGUGGAUAUUUUGAAGAACUCAUCACCAUGCUAGAGGCAGCCUUGGGACUGGAGCGAGCUCACAUGGGAAUGUUCACAGAGCUAGCUAUUUUGUAUUCUAAAUUCAAGCCACAGAAAAUGAGGGAACAUCUCGAGUUGUUCUGGUCAAGAGUGAAUAUUCCUAAGGUGCUGAGAGCUGCAGAACAAGCUCAUCUUUGGGCAGAGCUGGUGUUUCUGUAUGACAAGUAUGAAGAAUAUGAUAAUGCCAUCAUCACUAUGAUGAAUCACCCCACUGAUGCAUGGAAGGAAGGGCAGUUCAAAGACAUCAUCACCAAGGUGGCUAAUGUGGAACUGUACUACAGAGCAAUCCAGUUCUACUUAGAAUUCAAGCCUUUGUUGUUAAAUGACUUGCUUAUGGUGCUGUCUCCACGGUUGGAUCACACUCGUGCAGUCAAUUAUUUCAGCAAGGUAAAACAGCUACCACUGGUGAAACCAUAUUUACGCUCAGUUCAGAACCACAACAACAAAUCUGUGAAUGAAUCACUGAACAACCUCUUUAUUACAGAAGAAGAUUACCAGGCUCUGCGAACAUCAAUAGAUGCUUAUGACAACUUUGACAACAUCUCACUUGCUCAGCGUUUGGAAAAACAUGAACUCAUUGAAUUCAGAAGAAUUGCUGCUUAUCUCUUCAAAGGCAACAAUCGCUGGAAACAGAGUGUGGAACUGUGCAAGAAAGACAGCCUUUACAAGGAUGCAAUGCAGUAUGCCUCUGAAUCUAAAGACACAGAAUUGGCUGAAGAGCUCCUACAGUGGUUUUUGCAGGAAGAAAAAAGAGAAUGCUUUGGAGCUUGUCUCUUUACCUGUUAUGAUCUUUUAAGGCCAGAUGUCGUCCUGGAAACUGCAUGGAGACAUAAUAUCAUGGAUUUUGCCAUGCCCUAUUUCAUCCAGGUCAUGAAGGAAUAUCUGACCAAGGUGGAUAAAUUAGAUGCUUCGGAGUCACUGAGAAAAGAAGAAGAACAAGCUACAGAGACACAGCCCAUUGUUUAUGGUCAGCCCCAGCUGAUGCUAACGGCAGGACCCAGUGUGGCAGUCCCUCCCCAGGCACCUUUUGGUUAUGGUUAUACUGCACCACCAUAUGGGCAGCCACAGCCUGGCUUUGGGUACAGCAUGUGAGAUGGAAGCUGAUCCGUAGUCUCCUAUUUUCAUACUGAAGCAUCGUCUACCCACUUCUCAGUUCAUAGACGGGGAAACAGGCAACGUGUUCUUGUAACCUUUACUUCAUGAAGGACUACUUUUUUGUUCUAACUAUAGACUUGGAUCGCCUAUGUUAAAACUUUAUUUUCACAUUCCGCAUCAUUAGACUUUCUUUUCAAAGGGGAAUAGUAUUCAUGUGGGCUUUUUUCUCCCCCUCAUUCUUUGAAGAACUGCUUACUAUUCAAUCUGUUGUGAAGAACCUGAUUUGCACUCUGUAGUGUUUAAAGAAACAAAGAAACUCUAAUAUUGAAUCUCUUAAAUUUAGUGUAUGUAAACAGCUUUCACUAUGUAUUGUCUAAAUGCAUUUAAAUCUCUUUUAUUCAAAGAAAAGCUAACGUGAAAAUACUGGUGUGUGACCAUGCAAGACUGUCAAUGCCAACAAAGACAACACUAAUCAGCAUAUCCUACAUUGGAUCACAGCGCUCUCCAAAUUAUUUGAAAAAUGCAUACAGACAACUUGCCUGAUUUUUUGUUUGUUUUUAAUGAGUAUAAAAGGCCCUUUCACCUAUGCAGGUUUCCCCAUUAUGCAUAUAGAAAAAUGCUAGUGUGUGUUGCUCACUUCAUGUGUAACAGGUGCCCUCAUGUUGUGCUGUAUCCUGUGCUUUUUCUGUGGGACCAUUCCAUUCAGGAACAAAGAGCACCAUGAUUCCACACGUGUGUAUUUACUAACCCUUCCCUGAGGUUUGUGUAUGUUGGAUAUUGUGGUGUUUUAGAUCACUGAGUGUACAGAAGAGAGAAUUCAAACAAGAUACUGCUGUUCUUCAGUUUUGUUUGUGGAAUUUGAAAUUACUCCAAUUUAAAAUAAAUUACUGGACUGUGGAAAUAACAUGUAGAAUUGCAGUUUUAAUUAAAUACAUCUCAAACCAGAAGAAUCGUGGUUUCCAUAGUUUCAUACUGGAUACUGCUGGAGCAUUACAGGGAGGAAUAGAGGGAAAUUAUGAAAAAAGAUAUGUAUUGUGUCAUUUGCAUUCCUGUAGUUAAGAAAGAUUAUGCAGCAGUCACUGACCAAUGGGCUCCUUCUCACGUUUCCAACAUUUUAACCAAGUAGCACUCCAGGGUUUUAAGCAUUUCACCUAACUAAAUAAAUUAUAGGUGUUAUAUUGACUUCAAAUAAAGGUAUAUUUUUAAAAA